CAGGUAAAUUCACAGGAUGUGAUUAAAAAUCAUACCAAGGGAUACUGUGUUUGGUAUGGUCAGUGUACACAUGGGCUGAAACCCAAGAACUGUCUAUACAAUGGGCCAGCCAAGUAUCUUAAUGACACUCAUGGCCAGGAAAUUCUUAGUGACAGAUGCCCAGAAUUUCGAGGCCGUCCCACCUGUUGCACAACCAAUCAGCUUGAGGCACUAACCUCUAAUUUGCAAACUAUGGAGCAGUUAACAUCACGCUGUCCAGCUUGCUGGAACAACAUGAGGAGAUUAUAUUGUGAAUUGACCUGUAGCCAAGACCAAUCACUUUUCAUGGAUGUGACAUCAGAGGAGUAUGACAAACAAACAAACGUAAUAAACGGAGUGGAUUACUAUGUAUCUCCUGAAUUUAAGGAAGGCCUGUUCAACUCUUGCAAAGAUGUCACUUUUCCAGGAAACAAUGCAAAAAUUCUUAGUUUUCUCUGUGGAACUUCUGCUGCGAAAUGUACACCUGAAAAAUUGCUUACUUUCAUGGGAAGCACAACAAAUGGUUUUGCUCCAUUCACUAUUAAUUACAAGGCCAAACUUGCAGCAAACCUUACUUGGAUGAAUGAGACCAUUUUCCAGUGUAAUCAAAAAUUUAUUGAUCCUCGGAAUAACAGAACAGCAAAUCCAUGCAGCUGUCAGGACUGUACUGCAUCUUGCCCUGUCCCACCCCCUCCUCUGCCCAAGCCAAAGGCUGAGACAAUUUUUGGAUUAAGCAUUCUUUCUUUUAGUUUGCUAGUUGCCUAUGUUGUCUUUGUAGUCGUGUUCUUUCCACUCAGCAUAUUUUGCUCAAUGAGGAAAAAGAACAACAGCUAUGCUGUGGUUGCAGAUAGUUCAAAAUAUGGUGGAGUGUAUCCUCCAGUUUCCAGCACUCAGUCAACAUCCACCGAUUCAUCUCCAGGAAUGUGUGAGCAACUUGGAGGCACGUUAGAAACUGUUUUGCGUCACUUCUUUACUAAAUGGGGUGUGUGGUGUAGCUCUCAUCCAUUUGUUGUCAUGGGGGGGUGUGCUAUUAUCAUCAUCGCACUCGCUUGUGGCCUUGUUUUCUUCACAGUUACAACAGAUCCUGUGGAGUUGUGGUCUGCUCCCAACAGUGAGGCCCGCAGAGAGAAGGAGAUUUAUGACUCCAAGUUUGAUCCAUUUUAUCGCACUGAACAGCUUAUUAUUCGACCAACAAGAAAUGUACCAGGUGGAUAUAAGCAAUUUCCUUAUGGUAAUUUUGUUCCAUUUGGGCCUAUCUUCCAUCUAGAUUUACUAAAUCAGGUAAGUUUAUAGUGUUCAUGUGCAUUGUGACACUGUUACAUUUCCUCUAAUAAGUGAAAGCUUCCCUGUAUGGUCGACAUGUACAUGUAAUAUUCUUUAGCAUUCUUACGAGUACAUGUACGUUAGUAAUAAUCCUGGUUAGAAGGGAAGCAAUAUUUUUUUUGUUAUGGCACAAUAUGCUUUCCUCACAUAAGAAUGUUUCAUUUUCACACGGAGAAUGCGGAAACCUACAAAAAGGCAGUCUAUGAACUAAAACGUAUUAUUUUAUACUCCAUUUUUAAAGGGUGACGUCAUAAGAGUUGAAAACAAUAGCCAAGAAAAGUUUACAAUUUUACAAUGUACAUGUUCCUCGCAUAGGAUUUCUGCAUUACUUAGACUCAGGGGAGAUUUUGUUGUAAGGAAGUUGGUUAGAAAACAAGGGAUUAAUAAUUAUGCUGCUUUGUGAGGAUUUCUUAAAAUUUGUUGUUUAAACCAAUCAGAAGUGAAGUUGAGACAAUAGUAAAGGUAGCGCCUUUUUGCAUUCUGACAUGUUUAUUGUGUUUGGUUCUUUCCUUCUUAUCUUGACUAUUUCUUAAAAAAGUUAAUGUGCCGUUCCAGAAAAUAUCCAUACCCCCCCUUCCACGGAAGGGAUUUGCUGUAUGACCCCCCUCCCCUCUGGAUUUUCCAAAAUCAGCCCCAAAAAUUUACCCCCUCCUCCCCUUCGGAAUUUCCAAAAUUUUUGCACACCCCCUGGAAAUUUUGCUAUCUCUAAUUGAAGUGAACAAAGAAGUAAUUUUGUUCACUAGGAUGCCAAAUUUUAUGAGUUUCAUGUAUUUUCCGUUGGAUUGUAUAACAGAUAAGCGAAUUCCUUAUGCGAACUACUUAUGCGCUCAAUUCACAGACAAAUUUUGUGCGUUUCAUGUAAUUUCUGUUGAAUUCUACAAUUCUGCAAAUGAAAUGCAAGGUGGCAUAGCAAACAUAACUGUACUUUUCUCUCACUGCGUCAAGAAGAAAGCAACACUUGAAGAAGUAUGAUUAAAGAGAUUAGGACCUCGUCGCGCGAUAAGACAGCGCAAGUAUCGAAUUUCGUUAUACCAAAUUUGCAUAUUUGAGUUUGCGGUAAAAUUGCACGUCACCGAUUUCAUUGAUAAGAACAUUGUCAUGCAAAGUUUAAUGUGCUGGAAAAGACUCGUGUAACUUCUUUGUGAUAGAGCAACAGUCAAGAGAAGAAGAAAUGCAACCAAUUAAAAAAAUCUAUUUUGGGGGUUUUGUGUUCUCGACAUGCAAGGAAAAUGAAGUUUCCUUCCACUGGCUCAUAAACUACAAAAGCGUAAAAGAUAAAAAAUAUUAUUUUCGGGAAACUUGUUGAAAAAAAAGCUUAAGUAUUGACUAAAACGAAUGUCGAUACUGUCGAUAAUUGAUUGAUAAUAUGAAAGUGAAGAUGGCUACAAAGGAGGAGAGAUGCGUAACUAUUCAUAUAUGAUGCAUUUGUAAACAAAAUUCUUAAUGUACGUGACCUGGAGAAUAACAGAUCAUUCGACGCAAGUGGCUAGCAACAAAAUGGGUUUUGGGACGGAAACUCGGCUAAACUUUAUCUUUGAACAGAUAGCUUCAGUCGCUCGAAUGGUCAACAAAUUCUUUUUCGAACGGAUGACAACUUUUUUCAAACGGAUAGCCCAAGCCGUUUGAGCGGAUGACAACUUUUUUCAAACGGAUACCCCAAGCCGUUCGAAUGGAUGACAACUUUUUCCAAACGGAUAGCCCAAGUCGUUUGAGCGGAUGACAACUUUUUUCAAACGGAUACCCUAAGCCGUUCGAAUGGAUGACAACUUUUUCCAAACAGAUAGCCCAAGUCGUUCGAACGGAUGACAAUUUUUUUUUAACGGAUACUCGGAGCCGUUCAAAGGGAUACCAAAUCCGUUUGAAAACAGCAAACCGUAAGGAACUUUUUCACGUGAGAGGUCACGCCAAGGGACUGACAAAAUAUGUUCGUUAUGUCCAUUAAUCCAUAGGUUUAGUAGCUCUUUAACUUUCGUGUUUUAUAUCUUCGCAAAUAAAUUGUGGCGCAAAUUUUUUGUGUUUUGUCUUUGUUACUCUCUUACGCUUCACAAGAACCCUCUAGAAAUAUUUCCCUAUGGUGACCCCCCCCCCUCCCCACUGGAAAAUUAGGCAAAUUGACCCCCCCUCCCCCGUGGAAAAUCCGAUCCCUUCCAUGGGGGAUAUGGAUAUUUUCUGGAACCACACAAUAAGUACAUGUACCCUCCCUCUUGCAUUCUUGCAAUUGAGUUCAUUUGCUUUACUCAAGCACUAUUGUUAGAUGAGCCACAUCUUAGAUAUGCCUGUGUGUUAACCCAUCAUAAAUUGUUAUAAUAUUGGCAAAUCUUUGUUUAUACUUUUUGCCGCAUUAACAUAUGCUUAUCACUAUCUGAUGAUGCUUAUAAAAUAAAAACUCUGAAUAUUGAAAGGGCGUAACAGUUUCAGUUAUGUCUGAAAUACUUUCUGAGAAAUUCUCUUCUAAAAACUGGAAACUUUACAAAGAGCUGGAAAUUGUACAAACUGCUCAACUUAAUCAGCUCUUUGAACUUUUGCAUUUGGUUCAUAUAUAUGACCACGGCUUCUAUGAGUUAGGUCGUAAAAUGUAAACAAUGACGUCAACGAAAAUUCGCCUAUAGGGAUAAUCUCAUGAUCCUCCUUCGGGUGUCAUGCACCUGUAAUGGCUACAAGGCCCUGCCAGGGUAAGUUCGGACAAGCGACAUGGCCCAAAAAGUAGCGACAGUGCGUAAAAUGAAAUCGCGACAAGAGACAACCUCCCUCGGCCAAAUUGCAACAGUGACGGCAAAGCCAACAAUAAGUGACAAGCAUUUAUAAACAUGGACACAAGACGUUUUAAAUUCAGAUGGCGACAUGGGAACCCCCCCCGGCAGGACCUCGGCUACCUGUUAACCGUGUAUGUCUAUGGUGGUGCCUAUCCCUCUGAGCUAACCAGGCAGUUUUUUAGAGCAUUGCUGUUUUAAUAUUGUAAAUAUGUAUUCUCUACAGGCUCUUGAUUUGCAAAAUUACAUUGCCAGCAUGACUGUAAAAACAGAAGACAAUGAAACAGUUCAGCUUCGGGAUAUCUGCUUUCAGCCACUAGCACCACAGAAACAAGAAUGUGCAAUCCAGAGCUUCUUUCAGUACUUCCAGAACAACAAAACCAGACUGAACAAAUGUAUCUCACUCAUGGGCUAUGAAUGCGAUAAAAAACAAUCCUAUGACGUUAAUGCAUAUGACUAUCAUGACCAUGUGUUAUUUUGCACAGGGUAAGCUUGUUUUUUAGAGGCUACUGUAGGGUGCAUUUUGAUUGAUCUUGUAUUCUGGAAUAGGAAUGAAAUGAACGUUUGUAGGCUUUUGGGCAACUGACAAACUUUAUAAUGUAGUAAAAUUCAGUUCAUUAGGGUUAGCAUGAAAGAAUGUGUCUUAUCCUUGCAUUGAGCGUGGUUAGUAUUUAUGCAGGUACUAGAAUUCUGUGUGCUCUUGGAUAAAAAUAUAUAAGACCUUUAGAUUCUAAGAUGAGAAUGACAACAAGGACAAGAUAUUUUUCAAUACUUAAAAGUGUGCGUGUUUCAACGAGCGUCAUUUUGGCAGGAAAACGUGAUAGCCGUUGUCAUUAUUCCACUACACGUAUUUGCAAAAAUGUUUUGGUAGUGGAAACAGGUUAUCAAAUGUUAGAGGUUUUGUCAUUUUGUGACUAGAAGAGGGUUUUACCUCCUUCAAUAAAGGUAACAGCACUAACUUUUCUGGUGAAAAAAAGUUCAGUGAAGCUUUCCAGGGUGUCUAUUCUUUGAGAAUACGCAGAAAAACUUUAAGUCAAAUCUCGUCCUGGUAGUCUCCCUCAUCUUAGAAUCUAAAGCUCUCUAUUAUUCUACCAAGACCAGUGUGUGUUUCUUAUUGCCUACCCUCUUUAAUUCCUCCUUCCCCUCCCCUUCUUAUGCCCCCCCCCCUUUCCUCCCAAGAAACACCCAUUAGUAGUAGGCUUGCAACCCCUCAUUAAAUGAUCAGCCUGCCAAUCAAAAUGAAGCUGAUAGGCAGGAAAACCUCAUUAACUCUUCUCAAUAUUCUAGGAAACUCAAAGUAACACAUUUUACAUUAUUUCUUGACAGUAUUAUAGUUUGAGAUCUUGAAAAAAAAUUAAAAUUCUGACCCGAAUGGUAUCGCUCUUUUUUUUCAGUUCCCCAACAUCAGAGGAUUCGAAAUUAAAGGAACCUUGCCUUUCUGCAUACGGAGGACCUAUGGGCCCCAACCUUGCAUUUGGUGGCUUUGAGGGUACAGCAUACCAAAAUGCUUCUACUUUGAUUAUCACUUUUGUUGUGAAAAACCAUAAGAAUACAACCAAGCUCAAGAAGGCUAUGGCGUGGGAAAAGGCGUUCAUCGAAUUCAUGAAAGAUUACACAAAGGAUCCCAAGAAUGGAAACUUGACCAUAAGCUUCACUGCAGAGCGUGCCAUUCAAGAUGAGUUGAAUCGAGAGAGUGCCACGGACAUUUACACUAUCCUUGUCAGUUAUCUCAUAAUGUUUGCGUAUAUCACAGUGGCAUUAGGGCAAUUGGAUUGUAAAGAUUGCAGUAGACUUUUGGUAUGUUAUUAGAGAUAUUAAGUUUCUAUAUACGAUGAGUAGGACAAUGAGUAUGACAUUAAAGUACUAAGUAAUGUGUGCGCAUGAACCAGCGUCAUUUUGGUGAGAAAACGUGUUAGCUGUUGUCAUUCGACGACAAGUUUUAGCAAGAUUGUCUUAGUGGCAGAAAGAAAUUUCGAAAUAAAAAUGUUUGAAGUUUUAUCAUCAAACUUUUUGUGAUUGGGAGAGGGCCUCCAGAAAAGACACAUUGUAACAGUGCUAGCUUUUCUGGUGAAAAAAAAGUACAUUGAAGCAUUCCAGAGUGUCUAUUUUUUGACAAAACAUAAAAAAAACCUUAAAUCAACUUUCUUAUUCAUAGUCAUUCUCGUCGUUCUGUAAGAGCAUUCUGGGACGAGUCUAGUUUUCGACAAUACACAAAAAAACCUCAAACCAAAAUUUGUACUCAUACUUGUUCUUGUCCUCUAAUUUGAAAGUCUGUACUAUCCCCACUUUAGCCUGCAAGGAAGUUCUCUGGGGCACUCUAGCGGGGGUCGGGGGUACGGGAAAAGGAAGGAGAGCUUGCAACUACCUCUCUAAAAUUUGAAUUCCACCUCCAAUUCCCUCAUGGCUCUCAGCUGACUGAGCUGUCAGAUUUCCACUAAUCACUGCGAAGUGGAAACGAGCAAGAAUGGGAGCAAACAUUGAAAAACACGUGCCAAGGGUAAUGACGUCAUUACUAAUGUCACCUCGCACCAAUCAGCAUUGCGCAUCGACUUUUUCCCUGUAGAUAUUCAAAUUCCAGAGAGGUAGUUGCAAGCUCGCUCUCCUUAUUUUUUCUGCCCCUCCACCAGAGCACACCGGAGAGCAUGCGUUACAGGCUAUCCCCUAUUCCUGUAACCGGACAUUCCCAUAAUAAUAAUAAUGAUAAUAACAAUAAUAAUUUUAAUAAUGAUAACAUUUACUUUUAUAGCACCAUUUCCAUUGCUGUCCAAUGGUGCUAUGCAAAAACAAUUUGAUGUUGUUAAAAAAGAAAUUAAUAGUAAUUUACUACUUAAAAAAUUUAAAAUUAAGCUAUGCCUUAAAAUUUACAAUAAUUACAAAAUUAAGAAUUUUGAAAAAUUAAAAAUUAAUAUGAAUAAAAAGAAGCUGAUAAAAAUCAAAUAUAAAGAAAAUGUGGGAAAUAUGUUCCUAGGAUGAGCAUAAAUGAAAAAUUUAAAAAAUAAGUUUUAACUGAAUGAUGAAAUUAGUGGGUAAGCAGAAAAAGAUGCUUUACCCCUUGAAAUGUAGUGGUGUGAAAAUGUUCAUUAUUUCUGUUCACUUAUGAAUUUAUGUGUGGUCAAAAUGACUGGCAAACCAACAUAUCUUGUCUGGACAGAUUAAUGGUCAUCUUGGCCAGACAUUGUCUAUUGACUAACCAUCGUAUUGGGUCCUGUCCUUAAUUUUUGGUAUCAUUAUUAUCAUUUAGAUUGACUCCAAGGUUACACUGGGACUUGGUGGCAUCUUCAUAGUUCUUUUCUCUGUUGUUGCCUCGCUUGGUUUCUGGAGCUAUAUUGGUGAACCAGCAACUCUCAUCAUCAUUGAAGUGAUUCCAUUUCUUGUUUUGGCUGUGGGCGUGGAUAACAUCUUCAUCUUAGUCCAGACUUACCAGCGUUACAGUAUAUAUGCUGAGGAGGAUAUUCCCCAUAAAGUUGGGCGUGUGCUGGGAGAAGUAGCACCAAGCAUGUUGUUAACAUCUCUGUCUGAGUCGAUUGCAUUUGCUCUUGGUAAGCUGUGUAAUGAACUGCUCUUAAUAGUCUUAGUCUCAGUAAGUUUUUCCCAUUACAUUGUAGUGCUCAGUUCUGGCUACCGUAAAUUGCUUCUUAUAAGCUCCUCUCCCAUCCACCUGUAAACAAAAAAACGCAUCCGAGUGUAACCCCUUCUCUCUAAUGAAUUCAAUUUAUUAUGAUGUUUUGAACCUUGAUUUAAUGUCAGUAAUUCUCAAAGUCACAAAUAAUUCAUAAAGAAGAUACUAAGGAAAUCAGAUUAAAAAAACUGCUCAUUUUUACAUCCUCAAUUUCUCCAUCUAAAAUCCUUUUGUUUGAGAAGACAGACAUGUGAGACAGACGUGUUUCAUCACCAGAUGAAACACCUUGAAGUUUGUCAAAAAUACUCCACUGAGCGUCAUAUUUUCAACUCUCUUCUCAGUGUUUCAGCUGGUGAUGAAACACUGCUUUUAACCCUUUAAGCCCCAAUAUCCACAUACAAAUUCUCCAAACUGAUCUCUAUACAUUUCCUUUAAGAAUUAGUUAAGAGAAUUUGAUAAAAGAUCACAGUAUUUUCUCUUAGGUGAUCAUUUUAUCCAAGGCUGUGCUCUAAGGAAAAUUGAAGAGAGCCCAGUGCUCUGAAACUGUAAAAUCUAGGGUGCCCAGCAUAUGAUUUGUAUGAAAAAUCUGAGAUUUUCUAGUCGCCCGAGGAUAAAAGUUAGGCGCCAGGGGCCACCGGGCUCUGCUAGAGCACAGCCCUGUUAUCAAUUCUCAUAACCUCAUCUCAUGACAAUGUAUUGAUAUCGUUAGGAGAAAAUUGCUCUUAGUCACUAUUGGGACUUAAAGGGUUAAGGCUAAUUGAUGUAUUACAUGCAAAAUGUGUUUUGAUCAGCACUGCUAUACAUCUAGCUUGUUUCAAAGUGCUUUUUCCUUGUUAUAAGCCUCCUUGGAUAUACAUGUAAGCCCUUCUAAGACUGCUUACGAAGAUGUGUGAGCCCAGGGCUUAUAACCCUUUAAGCCCCAAUAUCCACAUACAAAUUCUCCAAACUGAUCUUUAUACAUUUUCUUAAAGAAUAAGUUGAGAGAAUUUGAUGAAAGAUUAAAGCAUUUUCUCUUAGGUGAUCAAUUUAUUAAUUCUCAUAACCAAAUCUCUUGACAAUCAAUGGAUAUGGUUAGGAGAAAAUUGAUGUUGGACACCAUUGGGACUUAAAGGGAUAAGGCGCAGUUUACAGUAUGUUUGUGUUCUGCUUGUGCCCUUGUGCAGGUCGAAAGCUAUUUUGAUAUUUAAGUUGAUUGUUUGAUUGCUUGCAAGAGCUGAAAUUGCCUACAACAGCAUUAGCAGCUUGCCCGAAGGGCCAUUUGCAGAACUGCCUUUCUUUGCAACGUGAGGAGGUGUACUGUAUGGACUCCCAGGGUGAUUUCCAUUCAACAAAAAUUCCAGUUUGAAAUUUCGGAAAUUCCACGACUGCCAAUGGAUUGCUCGUUUCACAGACCUAACUCAAGCCACCGCCCAUUCAUUUAUUGUACUUGUAAUUAGGAUACAGAAGAGCGUUACUGGGGACAACAAUUUAUUUUAUUUUGUCGAAAUUAAUGGAAAAGGGACAUUUCCGUUAAAGUGCACCCCCUUCAAGGUUGUCCCAAAAGUAAAAAAUAAAUGAUCCUUUCUAUUUGAUUUCUAACAAAAAGUUGAGAUUGAAUGGAAAGCACCAAGGCUACGCAUUGUGAAUUAAGACAGAAUCCAUCAGGAAAUAGAGUAAUUUUAAAUUUCAGUGGACAAAAACCUUACACCAGAAUAAUUUAAACAGUAUUGCACUCUUUUUUACAUUUUUCAAGGGCUAUCGGUGUAAUUAGCUAUCUGUGAUAACACCAAAGAAUAUUUCUCAUGAGAGUGUGAGAUAAGUAUGUGUAAUCAAAUGGUGACGAGUGAAAUUAGGGGAUAAUUUCACGCACGUUUUGUCCAAGCGAGGGAAAUUAUUAGGAUUUGGACAAAACGCAAGUGAAAUUAUUCCCUAAUUUCACAAGUAUACCAUUUGAUUACCUAUUAAUAUCAUGGGUGGCGAAUUACGUUAGCAAUCUUGGAUUUUUGACAUGUUUAUCCUGGAUCGUAUCAACUGAGAGCUCCUGUACUCUCUCGAACGUUUAGAGCUUAAAUUUGGCUUAGGUUCAGAGUUUUUCAACAAAAUACCUGUUAGAAUCCUUCUUGAUGUGCUCUUUCAUGUGUUCAGGUUUUCUAAAGGGUCUUUUUUGUGCCCUGACGUCUUUAUUCAUGACAUUUUAAAACUUCGUCGCCAUCUUGACACUGAGACAUGCGGAAGGUUGCCAUGGCAAUUUUGUAAUUUCACAUGUGAAAUUACAAAUUAACGCUGAAAUUUCGCACCAAAAUUAAGGAGUAAUUCGUCACCUAUGAUAUUAUAAAUGUCAACUUGCACAAGUGACAUCUUACACAUGAAAUUUUCGGAAUUUUGCAUGUGUUUUCACCAUUCUUGUGAACUUUGACAUUUAUUUUCAUGGCCUCCCAUGAGAAUUAGUCUUUGUUGUCAUUACAGAUAACUUAUUAUAUCUAUAGCCCUUGAAAAAUGUAAAAAAGAAUGCAAUAUUGUUUGAAUUAUUCUGGUACAAGGUUUUUGUCCACUGAAAAUUAAAAUUACUCAAUUUCCUGAUGGAUUCCGUUUUAAUUUCCUUUCUUUUCAUCUUUUGUUUACAGGUGCACUAUCAACCAUGCCAGCUGUAAGAGUAUUCUCCUUGUACGCUGCGGUUGCAGUCCUCUUUGACUUUUUACUUCAGGUUACUGUGUUUGUGGCACUUUUGUCACUAGAUUCCAAACGGCAAGAAAACAACAGGUACGACAUCUUGUGCUGCAUCAAAGAGCCCAAGUUGAGAGGUCCCUCUGAAGGGUGCAGUGUGUACUCUGUCAUGAAGGUCUUUGCUGACGUUCUACUUUCUGAAUUUAUACGACCAGCUAUAGUAAGUACUGAAUGUUACUUGACAAAUAUUCCAUAAAUUAAAUGCUAACUGAUGAUUAAAGGUGAGCAUGGAAUAAAGCGACUUUUUACCCUUUAAGCCCCAAGUUCAACAUACAAAUUCUCCACACUGGCCUCCAAAGAUUUCUUGAAAAAUAAUAUUGGUUGAGAGAAUUUGUUAAAAGAUCAGAGCAUUUUCUCUUAAGUUAUCAUUCGGUUAAUUCUCCUAACCUUUUUUUGGUUCUGUAUCGAUAUUUUUAGGAAAAAAAUAAUGUUGGUCACUCUCAGACUAAAAGGGUUAAAGUAAUGUUUAAUUUUCCCUUUGUACCACACGAAAUUACUAUGCAACAUGUAGUGAGAUUCAAGCAGCUAAUCAUUCAUUUUACUGUUUUGUGCACCUUUUCAAUUAUACCCAAUUUAACAGAACUAAAUAUUCUUUGCUGCUCUGAAUAGAAGCACUGAAGACUCAUUUAUACAGGGUUAGCCUCCACUUAAGGUCAAUAUACAGAAAUGUACCAGUCAGAAGUACAAGUACUAGUUAGAAGAAGACCAGUGGACAUCUGUGUCUAUUUUUUCUAACUCAAAUUCAGGCACCUUCUCGCUCUUGUCUGUGAAUAAUUAACAACUAUUGGACAAGGUUGAGCAAAAUAUCGUGAUUUGUCAGUCUCUCGCAGAUCAAUUAUUUGCCUCAGCCUUCGGCGUGAUCUGCUCACCACAGGCAAAUCACGAUAUUUUGCGAUAACCGAGUUCAAUAAUUGUUUUAUCAUUGGAUCCCCAAGUUUGUUUUGUUAAUGAAUAUCCUCGGGAGGUGAAGCGAUCUGCCAUUUUCACGCAAGAGUGAUAGCAAGAAGGAGAAAAGCACGGUUUCCUUUACACAUGUGCAGAAUAUUAUUUGCAGCCAAACACAGUUGGAAGGCAUUGUGCAUGAGCAGAUCAUUAUUUGUAGGCAGUUAUUUGCAGGUCACAUGGUGGGCUUUGGGCCAAUGAAAAGAAAGAAAAAUUUGCUUCGAAUGAUAAUACUAUUUUACCUUAGGUUGAGGCUAACCCUGCAUAAAUGAGUUUUCAUUGUGUCUGAUUAGCGGUAGCAACAAAUUCGAAACUGGAUGAUUCUCCUCACAAGAUAGGAGCAACUCUCUCUGAGAUGGACCCUUUUCAGGCACCAGCACUGUACAUGUAGGAUGUGUCUAACAGCCUAAGGGGGGUGUUUGUCUUAUUGACAUGGGACAAAAUAACUGGAGAAUGGCAGCAAACAUCUGUCUGUGUCUGUUUUUAGGAGUUGUCCAUUAAGAAGUUUACCACAGUUGUAUGAUUUAAAGCAAUGUUAAUGGUAAACUUUGUCACUUCCUCACGGUGUUUUCUUGUUGAAUUUAGAUCUGCCUUUUCACUGGUUUGUUGUUCCUCAGUAUUUCUGCCACACCCAACAUUGAUGUAGGGCUUGAUCAAGAGCUAGCACUACCCAAAGUAGGUUCAUAUUUCACAAUCAGGUGUCAUUAAGCAAAAAAAAUUGCUCUUUUGCCAGAUAGAAUCCUCCUAAACCGACAAGACAGAAACCAGUUACUUCUAAAAGGAGCACUAUUAAUUUUUUAAACCUCCAGCAAUUUCUCCUUACCUCAUCAGUAAUUAUUUCAAAUAUGCAGGCCAUUUUAAGCAAAUGAACUGAUAAAUUGAUGAUUAGAGCAGUACAGGAGAUUUGUAACAUACAUGUAACUUAAACAUAAUUAUCUCAUUCUGGAAUGAGAUCAAUCGAAUGCACCCUAAGUAUUACACUCAUGCGGGUGAUCCUGUUAUUUCAGCUACAGGUCUACUUAUAAGAGAAGAGGAGAUUUGUAACAAAACGUUUGCGUAUUCUUAUUCUGGAACACCAAUCAAACACACCCUAAGCAUUACACUCAUGCGUGUGAUCCUGUUAUUCCACCUACAGACCUACUUAUAACAUGACUACUGGGCUCAAAUCAUAUAACUAUAUAACAAGAUAUUGUUAAUUUACUUUUGUACAUAGUUGAGUGAAAUAUAAAUAGUUAUUUUACUCUCAUCUAGGAUUCCUAUCUUCUCAACUGGUUCAGCGACAUGAAGCAGUACCUAAAUGUUGGGCCGCCUGUGUACUUUGUCGUAAAUGAAGGCUAUGAUUAUGAGCAUCCAAAAGGUCAGAACAUGAUCUGUGGUUCAUCUGGUUGCAAUCCCAAUUCACUAGUGCAGCAGAUCUUUUUGGCAUCUGAAAGGCCUCAAGAGUGAGUAUGCUGUGACAGCUCCCACUAGUAAUUUCUAGUUUUGGGCAAAAAUACCUUUAAAGUGCCCCUAACCCGUCAAUUUGGGUUUUUUUUGGUAGAUUUCCACAUGUUUUAAGAGCUCAUUUUCGAAAAAAAUUUUCAGAAAUAUUGAAUCUUUUUUUUUUACGAGCGCUAUAAACCCCGCUGGACAAAUUUUUGUCUUGUGGGCUCACUAGGAAUGAGCCAAUGAGAUGCGUCCGAUAUUUGACACUUUUUAGCUGUGACGUAAGAAAAGAACACCAUUCCAAAUCACAAAGUACAGUGUGAUCGAAGGUUAUUUGUUAAGCUUACAAUUGGUAUGAAAAUAUGUCCUCUUCCUCCAAAAACCACUCAUGUUUCAACCAUUUUCUCUGUUUAACAAUAAAGCAUUACCGUGAAUCUUUGCAUAUUUUUGCACAAUGUCCUUUUCUUACGUCACGCUCCAUAUUUGGACACAUUUGGCCGAUUGGGGGACUAAUGUCAACGAAAGGUGAAAAUAUUGACAAGACUGCCUUCACUUUUAGGGCUCGUAAAAAAAAAGGAUUCAAUAUUUCUGAAAAUGUUUUUCGAAAAUGAGUUCUUGAAAGAUAUGGAAAUCUACCUAAAGAAAACAAACUUACUGCCGAACAUCAGCAAGAGUUCGUGCUCCUUGUUGUUACAAGGUUUGGACGAAUGAUCUAAAAAUGCCACAAUUUUUUUGGGUUUAGCAUAUUAGAAUGCCGAUAGUUAUUGAUUAACUCAAUAAAAUAUUAUGACCAUUGGUUGGGUACCAGACUUAAAGGCAAUCAGAAUAAUCAUCGUUCAAGAAAUUGAAACCUUCGUAGAGGUCAUUUCAAUAGAUCUUUUGAUAGUGUAAUUUACAAAAUAAUGCAAGAGUCAAAGAACACGACAACGUUGUCUUUGUUGGAAAAUAUUAUUUUUAUUGCCUUGAAAGAGUGUCUUGUUUUUUUAAUUAAAUAAAGUACUUAUAAUAAUUACGUAUACUUUGAAUUUAUCUUGUAGAACUAAAAUAGCAGAGACAGCUUCGUCUUGGUUAGAUGACUAUUUCAGCUGGAUUGACCCCAAUGGUGAAAACUCAUGCUGCCGUAUGUUGUACACGCAUGAUCAGAACGGAACAAUGCCAGUCUUUCCACCCACCUUCUGCAACGCUACAGGUAAGUGAUUUGCAUCUGUUGCUCGGAUUGUCUAGGAUCUUUACAGUGAUCACUGAGAAAGGUUCAGCAUAAUCAUAUGAUAAUGUAGCCUGCCAACGACAGACGUUUCUCCUCGCUCAUCGCCGUUGAGGGACGUUUCGCGAGGAGGAACGUCUGCGACUCAGGGACAGAAAUUCCACUGAUGACAUAAAUCAAUGCGUACAUAAUAAAUCCGGUGGUCAUGGGGCUCCAAAUGCAAAAUUUGUUCAAUUUUACGUUUCUCCUGGUCGAUUUUGGUAAAAGUGUUGUGUUCAUCUGCAAAUGAGCUCCAGCCAAAUUCAGAUGAAAACAAAGACCUCUCUUAGUUUUCGUUACGACGAAAACUAAGACCCCCUAAAAAAACAAUCCGUAAAAUAUAUAUGAAGCCGAAUUACGACCGUUUCCAAGACUAUAAUCCGUAAAACAACCAAAAACUAUCAUCCGCGUGCUGACGAUCCGCUUCUUCUAAUUAUUUGCAGAAAACAGAGCAUGAAAGCCAUUACCUGUGUAUAAUUGUACACUGAAAAUACGCCUACCCCGCCCAUUGGUCUCUAAUUUUAGUUGUUUAUCCUUAAAAAUCGUAAAAUUGGGUUUCCAGUAGAGAUGGAUUUUUGCCUUCGUUGCCGGCUGACAUGUUGCUGCGACCCUGAUGGCGUUACCAAAAUCAUAAUCGGUUCCGAUUGUCAAGUGGUUAAUUAUCGGUUAAACAUAACACAAAAAUACUGGGUUUUUUCUCUUUUUGGCCAGCCCAUAGCCACAGAAAUGCUUUCUUGAAAAGGGCGAAUAAAAGAGUACGUCCUACACUGCGUUUUUUAAGAGUUUAAUUUUAUCGCUGCCUCCCCAGAGGUCACCGGAAACAAGGUGAAAAGUUACAAUGUAAGGGUUGUUGAGGGAUAGGUUGGAGGAAGGAGAAAUAGUCUGUGAGGGAUACUGGCUAAAAACACUUAUUUAAUAAACCAUGAAAAAAUUCGACCUAAAACUCGGUGAAUCGGAGAGAAGAUAAUUUGACAGAU